UCUGGGAACUCUCUCUCGCUCUUCCAAGUUCCCCGUUCCCAAAUAAUAACUGCGCAACAACCAGACACAUUUCUUCAGUCUACAGGAGCAGGCAGGAUGGCUCUCACAAUCUCCAAGACUGAGGGCAGCACUGUAAUCACUUUGACCUCUGACCCCCAAAGUGUUUGUCCUCCUCUGUACCAAAUCCUCAAAAACCUGUGCUGCAGCCCAAUUUGCUGCUCUGUGUCCCAGCACCUGAGAAGGCUCCAGAACACCUCUCAGACAGUACUGGGGACUCUGCAGAUUAUGGUUGGGCUGCUCAACAUCGGCAUUGGUGCGAUCUUUGCUUUUCCUCCUAUUUGGGAUAUGUCCGAGUUUUACUUUUGGUUGGGAGCAUUGUUCAUGUUGUUUGGCAUCGUUUCCAUUUUGUCUGAGAAGUACCCCAGUCCAUGUCUGGUCAUCGUCAAUGUGAUUCUGAAUCUUGCAGGAGUUGGUUUUGCCAUUACAGCCAUCACACUCUACAGCCUCAGAAUGACACACAUGUGGGUGUAUUGGUUGUGUAAGGAUAAUAACAAUCGAUAUUACUAUCAUCACUCACCCUCUUCUUCUGGGGAAAAGAGAAUGGAGCAGAAAUGCUUGAGAGUCAAGGACAUGAUGUUGAUGCUGCUGAGGAGCAUGCACGGUCUGAUGAUUGUCCUCUCAACCCUGGAGCUCUGCCUCACCAUCAGCUCCGCCGUCCUGGGGAUCAAGGCUCUGAGGAGAAGGGGGAAGGACGAAAAGAUGUCUACAGGAGCAGGCAGGAUGGCUCUCACAAUCUCCAAGACUGAGAGCAGCACUGUAAUCACUUUGACCUCUGACCCCCAAAGUGUUUGUCCUCCUCUGUACCAAAUCCUCAAAAACCUGUGCUGCAGCCCAAUUUGCUGCUCUGUGUCCCAGCACCUGAGGAGGCUCCAGAACACCUCUCAGACAGUACUGGGGACUCUGCAGAUUAUGGUUGGGCUGCUCAACAUCGGCAUUGGUGCGAUCUUUGCUUUUACUCCCAUUUGGGAUAUAUUCGGGUUUUCCUUUUGGGUGGGAGCAUUGUUCAUGUUGUUUGGCAUCGUCUCCAUUUUGUCUGAGAAGUACCCCAGUCCAUGUCUGGUCAUCGUCAAUAUGAUUCUGAAUUUUGCAGGAGUUGGUUUUGCCAUUGCAGCCAUCUUACUCUACGACCUCAGAAUGACCUACAUGGGGCUGUAUUGGUUGUGUGAGGAUGAUAACAAUCAAAAUUACUAUCAUCUCUCACCCACUGCCUCUUCUGGGGAUGAGAGAUGGGAGCAGAAAUGCUUGGAAACCAAGGACAUGAUGUUGAUGCUGCUGAGGAGCAUGCACGGUCUGCUGAUUGUCCUCUCAGCCCUGGAGCUCUGCCUCAACAUCAGCUCCGUCGGCCUGGGGAUCAAGGCUCUGAUGAGAAGGGGGAAGGACGUAAAGAUGAAUGAGGAACCUGAAUACUACAAGCCCCUGCUGGACGAAGUCCCUGGUAACCCUGAGGUCUAGCAAAAAUAAAUCCAGCUUUCUGCUGUCAGUCACAGGUUUUAUAAUCAAACAGUGGACUGAAUGUGCUCUAAUGAUUUACUCAAACUCAGCUGGUCCUUUCGCUGCCAAUCUUCUAGGUCGUUUCCUACAUGUUUUGUUUAAAAAACGUUUGCACUUAUUUUUUUGUAUUUCAGAUAAUACGCUUUAUAUUGGUGUCUCUUUCUUCCGUGUAAAUGUUUUAAAGCUGUUGAUUACAAUUUCUAUUGAAUAAGGUACCUUACGUUUAGCUUGUUUGGAGGUAAAAGGGAGGUUUGUGCGUGUGUGAAAUACUGAAAGGGUUUUUCUUUGCUCUAUUGCACUAUUUAGUCAUUUAAAAAAACAAUGUAAUCGAAACUGUUGACUGUCACAAUAAAAACACAGUUUGUUGACAAAUAAAGCACAGUUAUUACCAAG